AUGAUUUCGAAAUUUAUUUCUAUAAAGUAAAAAUAAUUUACCUACUGCAUCUAGUUUUGUCAAAGAGCCCAAAAAUUCCGUAUAAAUUUAAUAAAUCAAUUUACAAAAAUUUAGGGAGUUAAAAUAUCACUUUGAAAUUCAUUUCGCCUUAGAAUAUGGUCAUAUAUAGGAUGAAACCUACAAAGUGAAAGUUGAUAAUUUAAUUCAUAUUAAAAAAGUAGAAUUUCGAAAUAUUUUAUAAAUAGGCAUGCAAGAACCCUGAACAUUUAAUAUCAAAACUGAAUUUGUCUCCUUCCCUUAAAGACUUUUUCACAGAAUUAGAUAAAUUUAAUGAUAAAACACUGGAUGUUAUUUUUAUGAAUUUCAAAACGCNAAUUGUGUAAUUUUUAUAAGCAUAUGAAAUAAAUACUGUAAAAUUUUGGAUGUGGGAUGGUGAUACUAGAUAAACAGACAUUCAAGUAUUCACAAUAGCAAAAGAUGGGUAGACUGAAAACAUUAUUUUUGAUGGUUUUACCUAACCAACUAUAAUGGUUGUAAAAUUUUCUGAUUAAUUGGCAUCAGGUUUGAGAUUUUACAACCGAGGAGGGAAUACUAAAGGCACAUAAUAUAUGUCAAUCAUAAAAAUAUAAGCCUUCUACGCUUUUUGA